CUGUGGCGGGAGGUGCAACCGGCCUUGACAACGGAAGCUGUGGAAGCUGCUUGCUGCAGUGAAGUAAAAUGGCUUCUUUAAAACCAGAGGAGGAAAAAUUUCCUUUUGUGGAUAUAUUCGAUGAGGAUGAAACUGAGAGAAACUUUAUGUUGUCCAAACCUCUCUGCAUCAUUAUAUUUGGGAAACCAGGGGUUGGAAAGACAACAUUAGCCCAAAAAAUAUCACAGACAUGGAAAUGUACUCUUGUUGAAGCACUACCACUUUUAGAAGAGCAUAUUGCUACUGGAACUCAACUUGGAAUUAUGUUGAAUGAUUUACUCAUUAAAGGACAGAGUAUUCCAGAUGAACUGGUUUUGAGGAUAUUGUUAGAGAAGCUCCACUCUCUGGAAGUUAUUCACUUUGGUUAUGUUCUCAGUGGGCUGCCAUUUCUCUCAGAGGACACAGUGACUGUUGUAGAACAGAUAGAAUUAAUUAAAAACCUAAGCUUAAAACCAGAUAUCAUCAUUAAUAUUAAGUGCCCUGAUUAUGACUUAUGCCAAAGACUUUCUGGACAAAGACAACAUAGUCUUACAGGAUUCACAUAUAUGCGAGAACAGUGGGAUCCUGAAGUUAUUGAGAAUCGUAGAAAAAAGAAGAAAGAAGGAAAAAAAGAAGGAAAAGAAGGAAAAGGAGAAGAGGAAGAAGAGGAAGUAGAAGAGGAAGAAGAAGAGGUGUUCAUUGCAGAGAUGCAAAUAGUGGCAGAAAUUUUUCGUCAUUUAGUGCAGAGGCCUGAAGAUUUUACAGAAAAUAUUGAAGCAAGUAUUCACCAUUAUAGGGAUGAAAUACUACGUCUUCUAGAGGAAAUGAUGGCUGACCAUGAUUCUCAAUUUCUUAUUGAACUAAAUGGAAAUAAGACCGCAGAAGAGCUCCAUAAGUCAGUAAUAGACAGAUUUGAUUGCCUGGGACUGAGAAGGGCAGCAGUUAUAACUAGACUUCAGAGUUCUGAGGAAGAGCUGUCAGAUGGCAUGGAUAACGAUGAAUUAUUCCGGACUCUUUCAUCUUAUAAAUUAAUCGCACCUAGAUAUAGAUGGCACAGAAGCAGAUGGGGGAGAGCUUGCCCAGUUGCUUUAAAAGAAGGUCACAUUGCAAUGGGAUUGCCAGAUUUGAGUGUCAGUUUUCUUGGUAAAAUGUACUGUCUUUCAUCUGAAGAGGCACUCAAGGCAUUUAUGAAGAACCCACGUCCCUACCUUCUUCCGCCUAUGCCAAUCCCACCAUGUAAAGUUUUUGUAUAUGGACCAAAAUCCUCAGGGAAAACAACUCUGUGUAAUUUAAUUGCAGCUAAAUAUGGAGGACAGGUUCUUGACUUUGAGCACCUUAUGGAACCACAUGUUGAAGAAGCCAAAAAAUUAUUCCUAGAGAAAUCUAAAACAGAGGCAACAGAAGCAGCUAUUAAAUCUGUGACAGAAAGGCUACAAGUAGAAAAAUUGAUUAAAAAACAUGAUUUAAAAGAAAAUGAAAAUAAAUCUGAUGAAUUAAAACUAGAAGAAAAAGACUCUUUGAAAAAAAUUGGGGACGAAGAAUUCACUGAUGAAAAAAGCUCAGAAAAUAAAGCCCCGGAAGAAAAAAGUGGAGAAGAGCUAAGCUCAGAACAAAACACAGAAGAUCAUAGCAGUGAAAAAAAAGAAUCAGAAACUUCAGACAUAGUGGUAACUGCUGAUCAUCCAGAUGUCCAGGAAUUGGUUGAAGAAGCGAUGAAAGUUGCAAAGGAGGUUCCAAUUGAACUUCAGUUUGAGCAACAAGUUGAUGUUUUGGACCAAAUCUAUAAAGAUCUUACUGAGAAAAACAAGGAUAGAUUUCCUGGUGCACCGAAGCAUGGAGGAUGGGUGAUGGAUAAUGUUCCUAUGCUUCAAGAUUUCUGGGUAGCCAUAAACGCUAAAGGAAUUCUUCCUGAUUUCGUCGUCCUAUUAGAAAAUUCAGAAGAUCAAGGAAAAUUUUUACUUCAUAGGCUGUUUUUAGAGAACAAAUCUGAUAUUGUUGCUGAAGUAAUGGCAAGAAAAGAGGAAGAAGCAGAAGAGAAGAGGGCACUUGAACAAUCUCAAAGAAAGUUAGAUGAGCUAACAGUUAAAUUUGAAGAUGAUAGUAAGACAAAGGAGACUGAGAAAACUGAAGCAGGUGAACCAGAACCUGAAGCUGCUACAGAAGAGCAUGAGGCAGAAACGGCCGAAGUGGAAGCCGAGGUUACCGAGGAGCCCGAGAUGACCACCGUGGAAUCUGAGCUGCCAGGAGAGGAGUCUGAAGUGAUAGCAGAACCUGAGGCCGAGCCCGAGGCUGAGGCUGAGGCAGAGGUCGAGUUAGAACCAUCACUCUUGACAGGAGAGGAAGAGGUUUCAGGAGAGACUGAUCCAUUAAAAGAAAUAUUGCCUGAAUAUUCAGAAGAUAGUUACCCUGAAAUCCCAGAAAUGGAGCUCAUGAAAGACCUUCUUAGAAAUUUCACUAAUAGUUGGAAAGUCUUAGAGGCGGUGAUUGCUGACUUACCUUUGGUUCAGAUAUUAAAGUUGGAGGUUGCUGAGAAAACUCCAGAGUAUCUACUUCAGCAAGUAGUGGAGGCUAUGGACAGACCUUUCAGGUAUGUUGGAUGGGAAAUGGGUUUGGAAGAUUUUGAUGAAGAAACAGAUGACUUUCAAGCUGAGGCAGAAGCUGAGGAAGAGGCAGAAGAAGAUGAAGAAGAAGAAGAUGAAGAAGAUGAUGAAGAAAGACUUAAAGAGAAAAGGAGACAUUUGGGAGACACGAAGAACUUUUGUCCAGUGGCUCUCAAAGAAAACUUUAUGUUAUUUCCAGGUCCCCCAGAGGACAGAGCUAAGUAUCGAGAAAAGGUUUACUAUUUUUCAAGUAUUGAAGCAAGAGAGAAGUUUUUGGAGAGCUCUGAGGACUAUGUGGCUCAUGAAGAACCAUUAAAGGCUCCUCCAUUAAGAGUGUGCCUGUUAGGUCCCCAAGGAUCUGGCAAGACGGUCUGUGCUCGAUGGUUAGCUGAAAAAUUUGGCAUAUUUCACAUUCAGUUUGAAGAAUUUCUGCAGGAAAAAAUCAUGAGCAAGACUGAGAGGAGAGUUGGACCUGAAUAUGAUGAAGAAAUUGAGGAAGAAGCAGCUGAAAAACAAGAAUUAGAAGAAAUUGCAGCUCAGGCUAAUAUUAAACUUGAGAAUGAAAAAAGCAAACUGCAUAAAGAAAUAGUGUUCACUGAUGAGGAAAAAGCUAUUAAAGCAAACCUCAUGGAAAAUGAAGCAUUACCACCAGAAAUUAUGGAUCUCUAUCUUUCCGAAUGGUGGCUUAAAGAACCAAUACGCUCCACAGGUUUUAUCCUAGAUGGAUUCCCACGAAAUGUAGAGGAGGUACAAUUUCUAGGUGAGCGCGGAUUUUGCCCAGAUAUUGUUAUUGGUCUCAUAGUUGAAGAACAAGAAAUUAUAGAUCGCCUACUUGCUGAAGCUGUUGCAAAGUGGAAAAGUAAACAAGAAAAAAAGGCCACAAGAACUAAAAUGAUUAAAGAAAUGAGAAUGAAAAUUAGGGAGGAUCAGAUUGCUAAAAGAAGGGCUGAGCUUAUAGCAGAGAGAGAUAAAAGAAAAAGACCAGAGUCAAUCAGGGAUGAAGAUGACAUAAGUGAAGAAGAGACUGAAGAAGAGGAAGAAGAUAAUAUUGAGGCUCUUCUGGAAGAAGAGUUCCCAAAAGAUGAGGAAGAGACGAGUGAGGAAGAAGAACAGGAAGAAGAGGCUAUUGACAGAAUAAAAACUGAAAUGGGAGAAAAGUUUGAAACAGAUUUAAGUAACCUGCAAAUGAUACAGGAGGAAUUUGAAAAACUAUUGAUUCCAUUUAUUAACAUUCUGGGAGGACGGAAACUUCAUAUUGUACGUUAUCUGUUGCAUAAGAAACUGAAGCCUCUGGUGGAAAAUCGUGAAAGUAUCUUUGAGAAAUGUUAUGCAAUAUCAUUACCACUUGCUCAGAAAAUGCUUAGUCUCACCUACAAAUAUCCAAGCUCAUUUGGUCAGUGGGAUCCUGUAAAGCUAUAUGAAGGAGAUGCUAUCAAACCUUUAGUGAAUGCAAAUAAUCCAACUUAUCCUAUGAUUCAUCGACAAUAUAUUUAUUUUUUAUCCAACAAAGUAAAUAGGGAUAAAUUUAUGAAGAACCCAAUCAAAUAUAUCCGUCAGCCUAAACCAAAACCUGCUGUACCGAUUAGGAUUGCAAUUGUUGGGCCUCCAAAAUCUGGGAAAACUACAGUUGCCAGAAAAUUUGCACAGGAAUAUGGCUUACUGCGUUUGUCAAUAGGAGAUGCCAUGCGUAUGAUACUGACCAACCAUCCAGAAACAGAGUUGGCACUUAUGUUAAACUGGCAUCUUCAUAAAGGAUUAACAGCACCUGAUGAGCUGGCUAUCCAGGCUUUAGAAAUUGCUCUGAUGGAUAUUGUGUGCAAUACUGCAGGGGUUGUAAUUGAUGGAUACCCUGUCACAAGACAUCAAGUGAACCUCUUGGAAUCGAGAAGUAUCAUUCCUGUGAUAAUUUUUGAGUUACAAGUCCCUACAAAGGAGAUUUUUAAGCGAUCAUUAAUAGAUAAUAAAAAUAAUGAAAGUUUACCUUAUCCACUACAUAACAGCUCACAGAUUUUGUCUAUCAAGAACUCAUGUCUAAACAAGCACAGAAUUGUUAUUAAGGAAUUCUAUGAGGUAGAACAUCAGAACUGGUGUGUAAUUGAUGGAUUUCACAGCAAAUGGUGGGUGUGGGAUAAAAUGCUUGAGAGUGUUCAGAUGAUGAAUACACGGAUCCAGCUCUAUUUGGAAAGGAUAAGAGCAGGGAAAGCUGCAAGCAUUAACAAGCUAUGCAUCACUCCUCAAGAGCUGAUUUCUCGACUGGGAGAAUUUGGACAGUAUUGCCCUGUCAGUUUGGCAGAAAAGAGUGAACUGGUUGACUGCUCUCUAACCAGCUCCCUAGAAUUUUCAGCUGAAUUCAGAGGACACUAUUAUAAAAUGGCUUCUAAAGUGGAACUGGAUAAAUUCCUGGAAAACCCAGAAAUAUAUGUGGCUCCAUUAGCACCUAAUCCUCUCCCGCCUCCAGAGCUAUUACCCAAAAGGCUAACAGUGGCAGAAGUAAAGAACCAAUUCCCUAAAAAUGCAGAACUUCAGGGAUAUUGUCCAGUCACUUACCUGGAUGGGAAACAGAGAUAUGAAGCCCUAAUUCCUGGAAACAUUGAAUAUGCUUUAGAGUAUCGUGAGCAUAUAUACUUUUGUGAGAGUGAAGACAAACUGCAGAAAUUUUUGAGGUUACCAGAGAAAUACUGGAAUCAGAAACUUCCAAACAAACUUCCUCCAAUUAAGGGGCCAAUAUCACUUACCAGCCUUCCUUUGCCUGGAUACCUGGAACAGGGUGCAGCAACUUCUCUAAUUAAAGCCAUGAAUGAAGUAGGCUGCUUAAAGCCCAAAUUUCCCUUCCAAAGUAUAAAGAGAUCUGCCUUACUCUACAUAGCAUUUCAUCUAAAAGCAUUUAAUCCUAAAGGUUCUGAAUAUUCACGGAAAAAAUAUAAGAAGAAGCUGGAGCAGUUUAUAGAAAGAUGUGAACUCAUUCCUUACUUAGGUUCCAAGAUGACCAGAAAAUACAAGGAACCUCAAUUUAGAGCUAUUGACUUUGACCAUAAAUUACAGACCUUUUUCUCUCUUAAAAAUAUAAACCCAGUCAUUGGUUAAUUUUGUUUGACUACUCACAAUGAUGUAUAGUUAGAUAAUCCUCCUAUGGGAAAAUCCCCAUAAUGAAGAAUAGGAAAAGAAGAACAAAUGCUACUAUUCUCUAUUUUUCAAGCUACCUUCUGGAUGGCCUGUUAGAGUAUUCAGAUAUAGUACCUGUCGGGGGCUUCUGUCCAUCAGAAAGGAAUAUCUUCCUAAGCAUAGGACUUCAAAUCAAAGAAAGUAUCUCUUUUUGGCUGAGUUUUGAUGUUUUAACAAAAGAAUAGUCCUGUAAUAAUAUUACUUGCCAAAACAUGCUUUAGAAUGCUAUUAAAAGUAACUACGUUUCUUUGCUUUAUUAGUUUUUGUUCUUUAAAAUAGGUUAACAGAGAAAUUGAACAGCCUUUUUGAUCAUUAGAGAAAGAUACUAAUUGAAUAUAUUGGGCAGCUACAAGCAAAAAAUAAAUAAAUAUAAGUAAAAUAGGAAUAUUGGAUGUAUUCUCAAUUUAUGUGAUUGUUUUAAUAAGCAGAAUGAACAUAAUGUUACCUUCAAACUUUGCCUACCUACAUGUGAAUAUGGGGUGGUUUUUUUUACAAUAUAACUGUCUGCCUAUUUUCUGAUUUC